GGUAGUUAAACACAUCGGGAAAAACUUCACAGCACAGAAAGAGAAGUCUCAGUCGCACACCGGAAUGUUUGAAGUGGAUUGUCCAACACCAUAAUAUACUUGCACACUAAUAGGCCUGGAUAGCCUCGUCUAAAGGUUACCAACCCACUUGCCUUGUGAUUCAAUAUUGGUGCCAAUUCUGCGCCGUGUGCCUAAAUUAACUGAAACCCUUCGUUGAGCAUCUAUGGAGAGCAUAGACAAAUACUUCAUCGUCACACGUGCCAAAGCCCGGAAAGGCUUCUCUCGUGGUUGUAUUGGUCGAAUCGAGGCUGAGACGCAAACGGGGGAUAUUUUAGGUAUUGUAUACGGCAGCGGCGGUGGCACGGCCAAAAGUGGUGGUCUUCUGAAGCGGGAGGAGACAUACCCACUCACUCGCCACCAGGCUCAACUCCUUCUGUUCGUGUCGCCGGCCAGCCGACGGCUAGAGAUCCUCUGCAAUCAAACGCUUUUCAAGGCCAUCUGUGAGCUGGCACAAGAUGACCUCAUCGUGGUACGCUACAAGAAAGGCUUUCAACCAUGUCUGGUGAAAAACCUGAUGCAGAUUGGACGUAAGGAUGGAUCGGAUGACCUGAACAUGCUGGGAUUUGAACUACAGCCUGUGUCCCCACAGAAUUCAGAUAAGAAGUUGUCAUCUAAGAAGCCUGCUCCGCUGCCUGUGUUCAGUGCUGCUGACAUCAUACAGGUGGCUCAGUCGAGCACUAAGCUGCCAUUGAGAGACAACCACACUAUUGGCAUCAACAGAAGGACUGUUUCCCGCAUCAACUCCAUGCCAAUCAUGGGGUCCAAAAAUGGGUUCCUGGGGAAAAAAAUAUCUAGGAACAGCCCCGAAGUCGAGAGCCUGUCCAAUUCUUACCAGCUGGAGGUGGGGUCCAUGGUGGAGAUGGCAUCAGACAGAAAUGUCAUUCUGUAUGGAGUGAUCCGAUGGAUUGGUGUACCAACUGGGGAAAAAGGCGAUUGGGCAGGGAUUGAACUUGAUAACGACGUUGGCACCUGCACAGACGGGACUUUCCAUGGACAACGAUACUUCACCUGUCGAGGGAACAGGGCAGUGUUUGUACCCCUGGAAAUGUGCAUGCCAGACGGACGCUUCCACAGCCCCUCCCCCUCCUCUAGUGCAGGCACAGAGGAGUCCCCCCAGACUCCCCUGGCAGUCACUCCCAUAGAGGAGGACGAAGGGGAGGAGGAGGACGUACCCCCUCUCACUGAAUCUGAAGUCCUCCGUGUGCUAGAGGGGAAAAUGAAAGGAAUCCAAGGCCAUUUCAAUUCCUGUUACCUGGACGCCACACUCUUCAGUCUGUUCAGCUCGUCAAUGACCAUAGACAGGCUUUUACAAAGCUCAGCUAACGCAGAAGUGAGCAUCUGCCGGCAGAUGAGGAGAGACAUCGUGAACCAGCUACGAAGGCAUGGCUUUGUCCCAGCAGAGAAUGUGAUGAACUUCCGCAAGCAGCUAGGAUGCAAUACGUAUGUGACUGAGGAAAAAGAUCCAGAAGAGUUCAUUGCUAUCCUAUUUCAGCGUGUCCUGCACAUGGACCCGCUGCUGAAAAUGAGGUUGAAUGGAGAUUCAGGGUCGUCACAAGAUGCCUACACGUACCAGAUCAUCCUUGAGAAAAACGAUGUGGGCCAUUGUCCCUCCGUCCAACAGCUGUUGGAGACCUCCUUCAUGUCUUGCAACCUGAAGUUUGAGGAGGUUCCAUCGUGCCUUAUGGUUCAGAUGCCGAGAUUUGGAAAAAACUUCAAGAUGUUUCCCUGCAUAAUGCCCUCCACAGAACUUGACAUUACAGACCUUCUGCACCAAUUCCCAAGGGAGUGCUUUAUCUGUGGGCAGCUCGCACAGCAUGAAUGCACCCAGUGCUUCAGAGACCGUAAACUCCUACCUGGAAGAAUCAAGCAAUACUGCUCGACCUGCAACACCCAGGUUCAUUCUCACCCUUCCCGACAAGGUCAUACCCCUCGCAGCUUGGCCCUCCGUGCUGAGCUCAGCACCAGCAGUCCGGUGCCUAGAACUCACAUGCAGUUGUUUGCCGUCCUGUGCAUCCAGACCAGCCACUACGUGUCCUUUGUCAAGUACGGCCCCGGGCCUCAGUCCUGGAUGUUUUUCGACAGCAUGGCUGAUCGCAGCGGGGAUGACCACACUGGCUACAACAUUCCAGAGGUCCGUGCGUGUCCUGAGGUGGGCGACUUUCUCUCCCAGUCGGAGGAAGCCUGUGCUUGCGUAGACCUAUCACAAGCCAGUGACCUUGUGCGCAGACUACUUUGCGAUUCCUUCAUAUGCCUGUACCAGAGCUCCAGAUAAACUGGAGCUGAAGUCUGGCCUGACUUGAGCAAGAGCUAGUGCCCACUAACGCAUAAAAAGAGCUGAUGUCAUAACCUUGGCCAAGAAGCUUCACGGCAACAACACCAAAAGUGUCCGAGGACAGUGGGAGGAACAAGAGCACCGUAACUUUAGACUGAAAUGCAUGUUUAUGUAACAACAAUUAACUCCAUGUUCCCAUCAAGGUCUGCGUCAGGCCUUUGUGGCACAUUGACACCACAAGUGAUCCAAUGAAGUGAAGUUGUGUUUUGUUGAUCUGAGUCUAGCUUGAGAUAUGAAACUUAUAUUUAUUUAUCGAAGAUGUAGGUUUACAUGUAAAAUGAUUAUGGGUGUACCGUAUCACCUCUCAUUCUUUCUGUAAAUAGUGGUUUUGUUUUAAAUUUUUAACAGUGUAUACAGCACCUACACAUAGAAUAUGCAUUCAUUUGUGGUCUAAGGUGUAUAUUUAAUAUGAGAGGUUUUGACAACUGACCCAAUAUGAUGAAGUCUGUAAAUCUUUUGCUUGUGUUUACAUAAUAUCAUUAAAUGUUCAAAACUCUUAA